AUGAAUAGUUCAUUGUUAGAAGAAAGUUAAUGCCAAAAAGGAAAUUGUCUGAUAAUAUAUAAAACAUUUGCAGAACUUUUUCAUUUUGUAGCAGAUAGGUUGCCUAAAACCUCCUUUGAUUUUUAGAAAGAAUUCAGGGAAUAUGUUGUUAGUCACUAGGGCUAAUUUUUUUUAAGGAAAGAUAUAGAGAUUUUCUUAAAAGUAUUUGACAAGGCUUAAAGCUUUGAAGUAAAAGAACAUCAGAUAAAUAAUUCAAGCCAUUCAUCAUAAUUAGAAUAAUAGAAUUUAAAACAUCAAUAAUAAAUCAAAUAUCAAGAGGAACAAAUAACUAAUUUGAGAUAAAAUUUAGUUAAAACAAUUGCCAUAAAUAAAGAAUUAAUGAGAAAAGCUGAUUUAGUAAACAACGAAUAUGCUUAAUCGCUCAGAGAGGCAAGUGAAGAAAACUCUCAAAAAUCUGAUAGGCCUAUACAGUAAGAUGACACAUAAUCUUAGGAGAAUAGAUAAAAACAUAAAAGAUAGCAAGAAUAAACGAUAGAUAGAUUGAAUAUCCUAAGUUUUGAAAUUGAAGAAUAUAAAUCUCAUUGUUAAUUGGAUGUAAAUAGGGCUAAUCCUAAUUUAUAUUAUAGUUUCUAAAAAGCAACUAACUUAUAUUAUAGUUUCUAAGAAGCAAUCGUAACAUUCGAAGACUAUAAAAGAAGCGUGGUACUCUAUUGUCAAGAUAUAGAAUUAUAUUUGUCUUAAGAAAAUAUUUAAAAAUAGUUCAUAAUUCAUCAUAUAAGUCACUAAAUGAAGGCUUCGAUAAAUAUAUAUUCAAUUGUAAUAUGUGUUUUACGAUAGAUGACAACUUUUUUCAGAUAAAUCCUGCGACUAGAAAACUUAGGAAAGCGGUUCAUUGAAUUAACUUGA